AUGAGCAUCACAUGCACCGUAGAAGUUGGACCAAACCCAACUGAAUGGUAUGGCACACUUAUCGUCAAAGGCAUCAAGUACGAUGAUGGUAGUCAAGUGGCCAUCGACAAGUUCCUCGGCAUCUCAUUCAAAUCUCCCGCCGCUGUGGACGACAAAGCCUUCAACCUAGCUGUAAAUCCUUGGCAGGCUGUUACGGCAGAAGUCACCAAUGACCCAAUUGACGCAUCGACGUAUCUUGUCUCGGCAAAACUCGAAUUCGAAAAGAGCUACAAGUUCAACACAACAGACACAAUAACAAUCGGCAUCAACGGCGACUUGAGAGAUAAUACGGAGCCCUACACCGACUCUGUUCGUCUCGCCGCCGAUUCGGUCCCUGACAUCAACGGGACUGUUGUGAUUAUAACCGCAGAUGCCCCGAAUCCAGCGCUCGAGCCCGAAGAGGUGACCUUGUCGUUUGCACAAGGCUCACGAAACUUCACUGCUAGCGCACUGCCUGGGACGACGACGUUGGUUAAACUUCCGUACGGCGAAUACAUUGGGUCGAGCUCAGAGCUCACGACUGUGGACCAAACCGUUGUCGCGAAGUCCGAGGUUUCGCCCAGCUCUUUCACCGUCAACGUUGGCGAAGAAGUUGCUGUCGAGGUCACUUUUAGCCCAGCCCAAACUUACAGCGCCAUAGAUGUAUCGAUUGGAGACAUUCCGUCUCUCGAGUCUGAGAUGCUCCAUGUGUUCCUGACUCGUGACGGCAGCCAAUUCAUCGACUUUUACACCAAAGACAACGAGACAACGUCACUGCGGCGACUUCCCGACUCGGGGACAGUCGAAGUUUCCAUUCAUGUCAUUACACUAAACAAUGUUCAAUACGAGUUUUCUACCAAGAGUCUGGAUCUCGCUGCCCAACUUUUCAACGUCACCUUUGGCCAAAGUGAUGUCACAACUUCGCCCGUCGAUACCACAGACUUUGUUGAACUGCCUAUUGUGAUGGAAUCAGAUGUCGCACCGGAUAAGGAUAUCACGGUCCGCAUCGCAUCAGAUGAGCUCAUUUACACCCAAAAAGUUCCAGCCAAGGCAGGCACCACGCCGUUCUCGGUACCUGUGGCUCCGGGAGAGUACCAACUUCAAGACUACAGCUUCGUCAUAAGCGGAACCGUCUAUGCUGUCAACGGCCCAAACACGUUGACGGUUGCGAAAGACGGUAGCACACAGCUCAAUCUGGAGCUGGUUAAAGGAGCCAAUCUCCACGUCAAAGGUUUCCCCGACGUCUUGAGUUUCGGCGGUCUCGCAGACAUGACUCCAAGCAACGCAGAUGACUUUGUCGCAGCACGCGCUUCGUCCGUCUUCAAGUAUGCCGGCAACGACGGUGCCGGCGACAGCGGUACCUUCUUGACAGACGAUCCUGCCACCAGGCGCACUAUUCAACUCGCGCGCGACAUCGAGGCUAAACUCGGAGACGGGAGCUCCGUACUGCCCAUCAUGAUUUCCUACACGGUCAACCUUUCUCUGGGCGAUAUUUACAAGAAGCUGCAGGACACGACUGGCCUCAUGCACAGCUUCGCCAAUCUCAUUCUGGCACUCAAUAUAUCCAACACCUUCAUCGACCAGGACCAUCCCGUGCCCGCGGGCUUCAUUGUCAACGCCGACUUCCUCGGAGAGGGCCAGAAGGAGAAUCUGGUCGACUACGCCAUGCCCGUCAAAGAACCAUUACAAGGCGCCCUUGACCACUGGAAUGUCGAAGCAACCAUUCCCGAUUCCAUUGAAGACACGUUUGCCGGCUACACUCUGGCCGUGAACUGGCUCGUCCGCACCGUUGCACCCACCGUCACGUUCGGCUGGCAAGUCAAUAUUUGGGGCGGAGGCACUUCCACUUGGAUCUACGACUCGGGGCCUGGUGAUCAGCAACCGCUCGACCAAGCCAAGCAGACGGCCGACUACAUCAAGCAACUCGGCACCUACGCCAGCGGCGACUACACGCCCGACUUCCUCGCCGUGGACCGAUACGAAGCCGACGACUGGACUGUGCGUGCCUACGGCCCCGGGUACUUCUACGGCCCGCACGAAUGGCGUCGCUACUACGACUUUGUCAGGUAUCUCGGCCUCGAGCUGCAAGUGCCCGUGGCGCCCUGGCAGAUUCCGUCGAGCCACGCGCCGCUCGUCGUGGACGCGGUCGCGAGCGACUUUGAUCCGCAGCACUGGGGCACCGGAGGCAGCUACCUGCUGGGCGAUGCCGACGUCGGUUCCGACAUUGACAACAUCAACCCGACGGUGCUUGACCUGGAGCUCAAUGCCACGCUCAUCAAGGCCAAGACUGCCAGGGAGGUCUGGCAGCGCGGCGAGCCGUUCGAUUUGACACAACCGGCAUACCAAGACUUUCCGGUGCGUGGUAUAUUUUCCGUCCUGCUUGGAGGAGGUUCCACCACUGGCAUUAUCUCGACUGUUGGCAAUGCAGGGGAGUGGGUGGCCGGCAGGCUUCGCGCGUACGCGGACAAUCCGAUCCCGCUUGAUAAAUAUCCUGUUGAUGCGUCUGGCUCUGGGGGCGCUCGUGUCGGGGGCAUUGCCAGGAGGGUUGUUUUGGGGAAGUGA